CUCGGCCAACUCUCACAUCACACCACCAUUUCUUGUUCCUUUUCACUUCCCUCCAUUGAGGCCAUGGCUCGUUUCUCCCUCGUCUACCAUGGCGACUUGGCUCCGUCGCAUACCUCCCGUUCCCUCUGCGAAGAAGAAGAGGACGACGAGGAGGAAGAGGAGGAAUUCCCGAUCUCUUCGCCCCUAAUCCUGCCGGGAUCGGACCGGGAGAAGGGGGAAACCCAACACCAACACCAUCACCAUUCCUCGGCUACGGCCGCGCUGGUGGCAGCGCUGAGGAAGUCCUUGGUGAUCUGCAGCGUCGGCGCCGACGAGGGCGGCGGCGGUGUCGCGGGACGUCGCACGGCAGCCUCUUCCGCCGUGGAGAUCGGGUGGCCCACCGACGUGCGACACGUAGCGCACGUGACCUUCGACCGCUUCGGCGGAUAUCUCGGCCUGCCCAUCGAGCUGGAACCGGAGGUCCCUCCAACGGCUCCCAGCGCCAGUGUUAGCGUAUUUGGGGUUUCUGUUGAAUCCAUGCAAUGCUGUUACGAUGAUAGAGGGAAUAGCAUGCCAACAAUUCUCCUCUUGAUGCAAAGACACUUGUACUCUGAAGGAGGUCUACAGGUUGAAGGUAUUUUUCGAAUCAAUGCUGAGAACGACCAAGAACUUCUUGUCAGAGAGCAACUGAAUGGAGGUACCGUUCCACAUGGGAUUGAUUUGCAUUGCCUAGCAGGGUUGAUAAAGGCCUGGUUCAGAGAAUUACCAAAAGGAGUGCUCGACGCUCUAACACCAGAUCAGGUUAUGCACUGUAAUACUGAAGAAGCAUGCACCGAACUCUUAAGGAUGCUGCCACCAACCGAAGCAGCACUACUCGAUUGGGUUAUCAAUUUGAUGGCAGAUGUUGUGGAGCAUGAAGACUACAACAAGAUGAAUGCUCGAAACAUCGCAAUGGUUUUUGCACCAAACAUGACGAAGAUGGCUGACCCCUUAACUGCACUGAUACAUGCAGUCCAAGUUAUGAACUUCCUUCGAACACUGAUCCUGAAGAUAUUGCGCAAUAGAAAAGAGGCAUUGUUCAUAGCCAGGGAACACAAUUUAUGCUCUGAAUCUCCAAGUGAUAAGGAUGAAGCAAAAUCUUAUACUACUUCAGAAACACCUACAUUGAGCACCUGCGAGAUAACCAUGGACGGCUAUGAUAUCGAUAGAGUGGGCAUCGGGAAAUUCUUGUUAGAUGCUAGUCAAUCACUGGGUACAAGUGAAGAUAGUUUUGGCAGCUCUGACAAAAAGAAUGAAAAUGCUGAACAGUUUGAGUUCGUCUCUGCAAAAAUCUCACAUGCUGACCCCGAGUUCGAUGGCACAAAAGAGGAGUGCAAGUGCAGAUUUGUGUACGGGGAUGUGGAACGAGUGAUGGGCAGAUUGAGGUUUAGGAAAGGAGUGAAGAAAAUUCGCAGAAAACCUGUGUUUCAACUGGGCAAGUCCACUAAGAGAUCCGCAGAGCUUGUAGAUUAUGAAGAAAAAAGAGAAAAUUGGACAUGAUAACCUUGAAAUUUUCUAAAAUCACGUAGAGAAUUUCUUCUUUUCCUCUCAUUGUUUCGUUCGGUGACCAUCACUCAGUAGGAGUCGUAGGAACUGCUAUAACCGUAGUUGGGUUAAAGCAAGUAAAUAUGAAAUGACUUAGGAGAUGUGCUUGGUUCUGUGUUGAUUUGGUUGACUACUUUGACAGAUCCAAUUCUGAUGUGUGUGCGUGUUCUUUCCUC